GUACUUGCUAACGCAUGCGGCCCCUGCAUCGGCCAGUGGGACCGUAAGGACGUGAAGAAGGGCGAGAAGAACACCAUCGUGACAUCAUACAACAGGAACUUCACCGGCCGUAACGACGCCAACCCGGCCACCCAUUGCUUCGUCACUAGCCCGGAGCUCGUCACCGCGCUGUCCAUCGCUGGUCGUCUGGACUUCAACCCAGUGACUGACGAGCUUACCGGCUCUGACGGCAAGAAGUUCCGCCUGUCCGACCCGUUCGCGGACGAGCUGCCCGCCAAGGGCUUCGACCCUGGCCAGGACACGUACGAGCACCCGCCUGCUGACGGCAGCAAGGUGAAAGUGGACGUGUCCCCUACCUCGGACCGUCUGCAGCUCCUGGAGCCGUUCGACAAGUGGGACGGCAAGGACCUCAGCGAGAUGACCAUCCUCAUCAAGGUCAAGGGCAAGUGCACCACCGACCACAUCUCCGCGGCCGGUCCGUGGCUCAAGUACAGAGGACAUCUCGACAACAUCUCCAAUAACAUGUUUAUCACCGCAACGAACGCGGAGAACGGCGAACUGAACAAGGUGCGCAACCAGGUGACGGGCGAGUUCGGUCCGGUGCCCGGCACGGCGCGCGCGUACAAGGCGGCCGGCGUGCGCUGGUGCGUCAUCGGCGACGAGAACUACGGCGAGGGAUCCUCCCGCGAGCACGCUGCCUUGGAGCCGAGGCAUCUCGGCGGACGGGCUAUCAUCGUCAAGUCGUUCGCUAGGAUUCACGAGACCAACUUGAAGAAGCAGGGUCUGUUGCCCCUGACCUUCGCCAACGCCGCCGACUACGACAAGAUCCAGCCCACUGACAAAAUCUCGCUCCUUGGACUGAAAGACCUCGCACCUGGCAAGCAAGUAGACUGCGAGAUCAAGCACAAAGACGGCAGCACGGAACGCAUCAAGCUGAACCACUCUAUGAACGAGCAGCAGAUCAGCUGGUUCAAGGCUGGUUCGGCCCUUAACAGGAUGAAGGAGAUCGCCAGCGGAAAGUGAACACGCCAUUUUAGUCUUAGUUCCACUUGCACUGGACCUGUACGCUAACAUGUGGUA